UGUCUGUCGCUGCGACCGCUCGCUUUGUAGCCUCCUUCUGCACGCGAGCACAUCCAGGGUCUUCACCGCCACAGUCGGCCCUUAUCAGUUACAUUCCUUCGAGGAACCCUUCAGGCCCUCCGACCACCGUAUAACGGCACUCGAGUGCUGCAUCCUCACCGUCGAACACGAACACCUACCAAACAACCACAACUAUGGCAACCCAGUUCUCGACCGCGACUGCCAUCCCCUCCCACCCUGCGCCGUACCAGCACCAUGCGUAUAGGAAGUCGGCACAGUACUCGCCCACAGGCACGCCCAUGAACAUCUCGCCCACCUCGCCGCGCGAGACAAACAAUAUGUUGAAAUACCACCAGUCCAUCCGCCCGGCCAAGCAGGCCUUGGGCGUUCCCGCGGCGCUCAGACGGACAGAGCGUCCCAUCAAACAGUCUCCACCCAAGCACGAUUCGGCAUGCGCUUCGCCCAACGGUGGAUGGGCUGUCAACGGCGGCUUCCCGAGCAUGAACGACGGCGCUGCGACUCCGGUCUCGCAGGUCAAUCACGAGGACAUGCACAGCAUCUACAAUGAGAUGCCUAUGUCGCCCAUUGCUGGCCCCAUUACGCGCAACCACUGGCAGGCGGAUAGCUCCACUCCAACAUGCUCAGCGCCCUCGUGCCAGGCACCGUUUGGCCUCUUCAACCGCCGCCAUCACUGCAGAAAGUGCGGUGGCAUCUUCUGCGCACAGGACUCGUCCAAGCACGUUCGUCUCGACGAGCUCGCCCGCUUCCACCCUGAGGGCGAGUGGCACCGCGCCUGCGAUCGCUGCCACAGCUCUUUUCGCGAGUGGGAGCACCUCCGCCUGAGCCGCAGCAACAGCGAGAGCUCCAGCAGCAGUGGCGCCGGCGCACUGCCAGUUCAAGCACCCGUAGCAGCGAAGCGUCCAGAGGCCCGUGUCGGUAGUCUGGCGCAGAGCUUCCAGGGCGCGUGGAACUGGAGCACCUUUUAGAUUUCCUACCGAAGUUUCAGACUUCAGCACUGGGUGGGCGGUUUUCUGAUUCCAUCUCUUUCCGAUCUAUGAUAUCCGGACGACUCAUACACAGUACAUAGAGUACUUGACGGUCCACCCUUCACCUGCAUAACAGCAUUACAUCGGCGUCCUGCAUUUACCACGAUAUUCCUCGACUGGUGGCCUUUUGCAUUGCACUGCGCUUUAGCGUUUCCUAUUCGUGGCACCCACCGAGGGCCGUAGACGGUCGAGAGUGAUUGAUGGAGACGACUGAUGUGGAGGA